GUGUAACGGAAACCGUUUUGCCUGAGUGCCCAGAAGGCAGACUUGUCACCCGAAGCACCAAGUACUCAGUUGCCCAUACACGUGCAAUCUUGUUUUCCGUCGCCUGGUUUGGUACAAGGUCUCCUCUACCAUACCAAUGGACAUUACCCUUGAAGCUAAAGGCUGGCGUAAUGAUCUGCCUAGCUAGUCUGCGUUGAUAAUGCCAACGCGUAUCUUGUGAUCCUCGACAAUGCCAAGUUUUUGGUAUUACAUAAAACGGCGCGGAGCUUGGCUUUCUUGGUCGUUCGUGGGUUCAUUCCACUUGAUAAGCGUCAUUGCCGAGCCAAGGGUGGCCAUACCCCGAUUGGCAAAGCAAACCAAUCAGAGACGCAUAGGAGGUGGUUCACUGGUUGUCGUAGAGUCCAUACUGUGUGUCCCUCCACACACUGUGUUUCACCUGGAUGCCCUGAAGCGUGAGGGUGACUCGCAGCUAUCUCGCAGCUUACGGAAGGGUUGCCGUCAGGUGGACUGCUGGCAGGACAGUGGCCGCUGCCACCCUCUUGCCCGUCCGUCCGUCCAAGUCGCUAAUAGCGAAGUCCGCACAAAACACUAUCAUCAUCGCCGAAUGAACUUCGGCGCUCAUGGUAGCAUUCGUCCCCCCAUCCACCGCCCACCGUGCAGGGUAGGACCUGAUAGUAACCCAAAAUUCGUGUCAGCGUUACCGUUCUCGAUCGCAACUCCUUCCUUGUCUUUCCAUUCAAACCGAUAUUAUCGUCUCGUCACGGGGCACAUUGACAAGAAGAAGCACGUACAUAUCGUAUUGGGUACCAUCCAUUCAUGCAAACAUCGCGUCAGAAUUUGGUUACCGUCUUUUGUUCUCUUCAGAGGUAGGGAAGGAAGUACUAGCAGGAAGCAAUACUAUGAGCGGCAUCACUGAUCCAUGCAGGAGGGGGGUUAGCGAAACCUCUGAAUUUGUAAUUCCAGAAC